AGUUAUCACUUAUCACUUUUCGUUUAUCAAUCAUUCAAAUUUCGUGCCUUUUUAAAUUGUCAUUUUAAAUAUUCAAAUUUUUGUGCUUUUUUUAAUUGUCAAUUAUUUGAAUAUUCAAAUUAUUUAACUUUUAUUAACAAUUUAUUAUAAUGGUGCACAUAUGCGUGGUGUACAAAUCAAAAUCCAAUACAAAUGUAAAAUUAUCUUUCCAUUUAUUUCCUAAAGAUGAUAGGCGAGGUGCCUGGAUGCAGGCUUUUGGGCUUACUGAGGUCAGUAAUUGGCAUCGUGUAUGUCCUAAGCAUUUUGAUGAGGAACAUUUUAUCAGUAGUGGAGGCCGGAUGAUCCUUUUAAGCGAUGCUGUUCCCCUUGCUUCUAAAAAUGCUACUUCUACAACCAGUUUAAAUUCACCAUUGUCCCAAACAUUAGAACAUAACAAUGAUACAUUUAUGGAAGAUUCACCAGUGAAUGCCAAGAGAAAAUUAUUUGAUUCUAUUUCACCUCUUGCCAAAAAAAAUUCAAAAUCCAGUAAUUCUACUCGUUUUGGGGACCUUAGCAUUAAUGAUUUUAGUAGUCCUAAUAGAGCACGUCGCCAUUUUCCUCUUGUCCAAUCAACCAUUUCAGGUCUUCGCUCAAAAACUAAAAAUUUGAUGGAAAAAAAUCGUCGUUUACAAACUAAGGUCCAAUCCUUGAAAUCAAUAAUUUCUGAUUUGCAGUCAAAUUGUUAUAUUUCAGAUGCUGCAGCAGACAAUUUGAAGGUGAAUUUGGAUAUGUUGAUUGUUAAUGUUGUUAUUUGUGUUUUGUAUAUGUUUAAGUGUUUUUUUUUCAAUAACCAGAUCUGCCAUUAAUAUAAAAUAAAAUCUUUUAUGUACAAA